CCGCCCUUUACCGGCUUGUCGGCUUUCGCCAUUUCCGUCAGCCUAGAGUGUCUCCGCCCUUCCCGCCUCCCUUCCUCGCAGCGUCUUAAACAUAGGCCUCGGGCCUACUGCUCCGGGGGUACUUAGGGGGGCGGGGGGCAGGUCUGAUGAGUAACCCCUCCCCCCAAGUCCCAGAGGGAGAAGCCUCUACAUCUGUCUGCCGGCCCAAGAGUUCCAUGGCAUCCACUUCCCGUCGCCAACGCCGAGAGCGUCGCUUCCGUCGUUAUUUGUCUGCAGGACGGCUGGUCCGGGCCCAAGCCCUCCUCCAGCGACACCCAGGCCUUGAUGUAGAUGCUGGGCAGCCCCCACCACUGCACCGGGCCUGUGCCCGCCACGAUGCCCCUGCCCUCUGCCUGCUUCUUCGGCUUGGGGCUGACCCUGCCCACCAGGACCGCCAUGGGGACACGGCGCUACAUGCUGCUGCCCGCCAGGGCCCUGAUGCCUACACGGAUUUCUUCCUGCCACUGCUGAGUCGCUGUCCCUCUGCCAUGGGAAUAAAGAAUAAGGAUGGGGAGACCCCUGGGCAGAUUCUGGGCUGGGGACCCCCCUGGGAUUCUGCUGAAGAGGAGGAAGAAGAUGAGGCUUCCAAGGAACGGGAGUGGAGACAGAAACUGCAGGGAGAGCUGGAGGACGAGUGGCAGGAGGUCAUUGGAAGAUUCGAAGAUGAUGCUUCCCACGAGACCCAGGAACCCGAGUCCUUCUCAGCCUGGUCAGAUCGCAUGGCCCAGGAACAUGCCCAGAAGCGCCAGCAGCAGCGUGAGACAGAGGGAGCCUGCCGACCCCCACGGGCUGAGGGCUCCAGUCACAGCUGGCGGCAGCAAGAGGAGGAGCAGCGGCUGUUCCGAGAGCGAGCCCGGGCCAAGGAGGAGGAACUGCGUGAGAGCCGGGCCAGGAGGGCGCAGGAGGCUCCCAGGGACCCGGCGCCGGAGCCAGCCAGGGCCGGGCCCAGGGCAGAGCACCCCAGAGGAGCAGGGAGGGGCAGCCUCUGGCGCUUCGGCGAUGUGCCCUGGCCCUGCCCUGGGGGAGGGGACCCAGAGGCCAUGGCUGCAGCCCUGGUGGCCAGGGGCCCCCCUUUGGAGGAACAGGGAGCUCUGAGGAGGUACUUGAGGGUGCAGCAGGUGCGCUGGCACCCUGACCGUUUCCUGCAGCGGUUCCGAAGCCAGAUCGAGACCUGGGAGCUGGGCCGGGUGAUGGGAGCUGUGACAGCCCUUUCUCAGGCCCUGAAUCGCCAUGCAGAGGCCCUCAAGUGACCCCAGGGAAAGAGCAGGGGCCUGCAGGAGCGCAGGGCAGUAGGAAGGCAAAGGUUAGAGAUGGGGAUGACGAAGAGGAGGCGGAUGCUGAGCAGCGGAGGAUGUGGGGUGGGAGCAAACUUGUAAUGAGUGGCGCGGGCUGGGGGAUGUGGGCCACCACCACGGCUCCUUGACUCUGCCAUUCCUAAUAAGACCUGGUUCCACAUCUCA